AUGGAUUCAGCCCUCCAUUGACCUAGAUUCGCCUCACGACACAGCAAUUCGUUUCAAACACAUCUGCAGUCGAAACAGUCUCGAUGCCGUACUCCCACCACAGCCACUCGGGUCAGUUCUGCGGCCAUGCGAAGAACACUUUGGAGGAGAUGGUGCAGACGGCCGUGGCCAAGGGAUUCCAUACCUUUGCUUUGACGGAACACAUGCCCCGACCGAUCGAGGACUUCUACCCAGAGGAAGAAGACGAGCAUACCGAAGAAUCUCUUGCGAAGCUGUUCCAUGAUUUUCUACUUGAAGCAGCGCGGCUCAAGGAUGCAUAUUUCCCUCAGAUUAAGCUUCUCAUUGGUGUAGAGUCCGAGUGGAUCCGACCGUCUACGCUCAAGCUCCUGCAGGACCUCCUCGCGAAACACUCCCUCGACUUCUUCAUGGGCUCCGUGCACCACACCCAUACGAUUCCCAUCGAUUUCGACAGAGCUAAAUAUGAGAAGGCUCGAGAUGCGGCAGGCGGGACAGAUGAGAGGCUUUUCGAAGACUAUUUCGAUGCGCAAUACGAUAUGCUUCAAGCGCUCCAUCCGCCAGUAGUCGGACACCUCGACCUCAUACGACUCCUGAGCGACCAUCCGGACACCGAAUUCAAGGAUAAGAAGGGCGUAUGGGAGAGGAUACAGCGCAAUCUCGAGUACAUUGCCUCCUACGGGGGCAUCCUGGAGCUGAAUUCGUCAGCCCUACGGAAAGGUCUGGCUCAGCCAUACCCGUGCUUGCCCAUAUGCCAGUCAUUCCUUCGCAUGGGAGGCCGUUUCGCAAUGUCCGACGAUAGCCACGGCAUCGAUCAGAUCGGCACCAACUACGCCCGCUUGUUGGACUUUAUACGGAAGUCGGGUAUCAAGGAGAUACACUAUGCUGACGCUAUGGCUCCGCGGGAAGGCAGCAGCAACUCUUACGUGGGCUUCUCGAGCAUUUCCGUUGACGUCCUCGCACAGCUGCCUUUCUGGACGAAGGCCCAGUGAACUUGCUACAUCAAGCCCCUGCAUGAGCGCUAGCAAUAAGCAACCCGUCGGCAGACGAAAGCCGGCGCCACUAAGGAAGCCGAACUCGUGUUGCUUUGCAUACAGCAUUCCAGACCGUCGUCGUCAUCCGGCAGCCCUUCAUUUCGUCCGACUUGCUUCGGCAUGCUCACCGCAUUGCAGAAUGCCAUGACGCCAAAUUCCAAUACUUGCUUUUGAGGGGGGUUGUAGUACAGUACCAGCAAGGUCCGACCCCGGGCGCGGCUGGCCAGAACCACUGACCGGCUAUCUGCCUCAGAAGCGUGGGAUGGAGA